UCUAACUAUAUCCGGUAUCCUCAUCCUCAUCAUUCGCCUGUAACACCACAUUUGGAACGCUUUCGCCAAAAUGCUCAGUGUGAAUUCAUUGUGCAAUCAAUUGAUGAAGUAAUUGUGUAUUGAAACGAGUAUUAGUUAGUCCAAUACAAUUCAAGUAGUGAUUGUGCUAAAGUCAAGAAGAUUUUUCCAAUGUCCUUACAGGUAAAUCCUUAACCUUCAUCUUCAGACCCCUUAAUUGGAAAACUAUAGUACAUAGCCCCCCCCCCUUGCCCAACAGUUCUGAACGCAAUUGUAAAAGAAAUAUUCAAGAGAAAAACCGAUAACAUCACAUCGCUCUGCUUGCAUCUUUGAAAGUAUUUAUACAAAAUAUCAGUGAUCUUAUUUCUCUCCAAUAAUUCAAAAUGUUACAAGACUGCUUGUACUUGAUUAGCAUCCAAUACAAAUAUAAUAUGUACAUUAGUUGUCCAAGGAGGGCGAGGGAGGUACACGCGCAAAUAUAUUUGUGUUAUAUUUGCAUUAGAUGCUAAUCAAAUAUAUCUAUAUAAGUGGGCAUGCCAUUGCGUAAACUUAGAUACGUUAUUCAUAUAAAUAAGAUCCGAAAUCUUCGGGUUGUAUGUUGGUUUGGUUUAGUGAAGUGGGCAGUUUUAGAAUGAAGUUCCCCGUUGUUCUAUUAAGCCUUGUGUGCUCUUUAGCCCUUGUGUGUAUUAUUGUUAUUAAAAACAAUGCAAAUUACAUUUGUUUAAUAACAAAUACGUCGGUCCAAUCGGAAGAAAAUGCUACCUAACAAACUAUAUGAAUCACAAUUAUAAUUUUCUACAAUAUACCUAGUCAUAUUUAGUAAUGACAAUUAUUUGAUAACAAUCCCUAUAUAAUGGAAUAUAAUAAAGUGGCACACAAUAAUUAUAAUUAUUAAAAACAAUAUCUUGGUGCAAGAAGCAGCUACAACGCCAAUUACAUUCAAAAUGAUCACCUCGCUGAUUAUACUCUUUUCAGCAUUUGUCUUAGCUUUGGGAACCGAAGACGACCUCAAUCCCCUUAAAUCAACUACAGGUGGUUUGGCUUUGAGGAACCAGUUCCCUUACAUGGUAUCAAUCGAACGGGAAUGGAUGGUAUAUACGUCCCAUGUUUGCGGCGGGACGAUCAUCUCCCACACCCACGUCUUGACAGCGUCCCAUUGCCGAAGGGCCUACGGGACUUACAUCGUAGUCGCCGGUAUCCAACACCUGGAAGAGAUCACCGACGAAACACAAACGAAAAGGGUCGCAGAAUUUAUUUCCCACCCCGAUUUUAAAGAUGAAGAAACUUUAACCGGUCAUGAUAUAGCCAUCGUGAUCCUGGAAUCGCCCUUCACAUGGUCAAAGGCAGUUCAACCAGUGUAUCUUCCCAGACCUGAGGAAGAAUUCACGGGAAUGGCUGUGUUGUCAGGUUGGGGAGAAGGCGAACAGGGAUACACUCUAAGUCUUCGAUAUGCGUCAAAAAAACUUAUAUCUCUAACAGAAUGCGCUGCAAUUCUCAAUACUGUGGGGAAGACGACAAACGUUCUCGACGAGAAGAAUAUUUGUACCAGCGGCCCCAGGAGUCAGGUGUCUUGCAUCCGAGACUCCGGAAGUGCACUUGUGAAGAAUGGUGUCUUGGUAGGGGUGGUUUCGAGGGGCAUAUUGCCCUGCGGACAGCAGAAUGCCCCCACGGUUUACACAAGAAGCUCUAGUUUAGUAGAAUGGAUUCAAUCUCAUACAAACGAUCUGCCUUGAACUGUAAUGAUCUAAUUAUAAUUAAUUACCUCUAACUAUAUGUAAUGUAAAGAUAUUAUUUUAAACUAUGCGUAUGUUUAAGUUUUAGACGCCCUAGUACGUAUUUUGAAAGUAAAUUAAAUACCUACCUAUGUAAUAAUUAUUUAUU